GGACAAGAACAGGAGUGGCGACUGUAAUUCCGCUGGUGUGUCUGUCUGUGAGUCAACAGCUUCAAACCUAAACAAAAAACGCCUGUUCUUUUCAACUCCCAUCUCAAAAGUUUAUCAAUUUUUCCAGGAAUUCUCCCUCUUUUUGAAUGAUCAAACCAUCAAAAAUCUCAUCUGGGUUUAAAUUACCAAGAUUCCAUUCAUCUUUUUGUUAUCCAAAUCCUGUUUCCCUCUCUUCAAAAUUUAAUUAUUUACCCAGAAAAGUACAUACCCCAAGUCAAUCAACUGCAAAUUCAUCUUAAAUUUCAUUCCUUGAUCUGUUUUUUUUAGUAUAAUCUUGCUUCAUAAUGGGUUGUUGUGCUAGUAGAAGCAAGAUUGCACAAUCCAAAAUCAAUGGGAUUAGUUCAAGCAACCCACAAAGUUAUCAGCAGCAACCCCAGCAACAGCCCCAGCAAAACCAGCAACAACAACAGCAAAAUCAGCAACACAGGCAACAGAUUAUUGUGCAUCAGCAAAAACCCAAUUCCCAAAUCGUACAACAAGAACAAGAACAACAACAACCCCAGAAACCUAGGAUUACAAUUGCUGGGCCACCACUACCAGCAGAUACUAUAUUGGGAAAGCCAUUUGAGGAUAUUAGGUCACACUAUAAAUUAGGGAAAGAAUUGGGUAGAGGUCAAUUUGGGAUAACAUAUUUGUGUACUGAGAAUGUAAGUGGUCAGACAUAUGCCUGUAAAUCAAUUUUAAAAAGGAAAUUGGUGACAAAAGGUGAUAAAGAGGAUAUUAAGAGAGAGAUUCAGAUAUUGCAGCAUUUGUCAGGACAACCUAAUAUAGUUGAAUUUAAAGGGGUUUAUGAAGAUAGGCAAUCUGUACAUGUGGUGAUGGAGCUUUGUGCUGGUGGUGAGUUGUUUGAUAGGAUUAUUGCUCAGGGGCAUUACUCCGAACGCGCCGCCGCCUCGGUUUGUAGGCAGAUUGUUAAGGUGGUUCAGAUUUGUAACUUUAUGGGGGUGUUGCAUCGUGAUCUUAAACCAGAGAAUUUCUUGCUGUCUAGUAAGGAAGAUGGAUCUAUGCUUAAAGCUACAGAUUUUGGGUUGUCUGUGUUUAUAGAAGAAGGCAAGGUGUAUCGUGAUGUGGUGGGCAGUGCUUACUACGUUGCUCCUGAAGUACUCCGGAGAAGGUACGGGAAGGAAAUCGAUAUAUGGAGUGCAGGAAUUAUGCUGUAUAUUUUACUCAGUGGUGUCCCACCUUUUUGGGCCGAAAAUGAGAGAGGCAUAUUUGAUGCCAUAUUGAAAGGAGGAAUUGACUUUGAAAGCGACCCGUGGCCAUCUAUAUCAAAAAGUGCAAAGGACCUGGUCAGGAAGAUGUUGCAUCCAGAUCCAAAGAAGCGGAUCACCCCUGCUGAAGUUCUUGAGCAUCCAUGGAUGAGAGAAGGUGGAGAUGCAUCAGACAAGCCAAUAGAUAGUGCAGUGCUAUCUAGAAUGAAACAGUUUAGGGCAAUGAAUAAGCUAAAAAAGCUAGCUUUAAAGGUUAUUGCAGAAAAUAUGUCUGACGAGGAAAUUCAAGGUUUUAAAGCUAUGUUUGCAAAUAUGGACACAGACAAGAGUGGUUCAAUAACCUACGAUGAGCUUAAAAAAGGAUUAGCUGAACUUGGGUCAAAGCUUACCGAGGCUGAAGUUAAGCAACUUAUGGAAGCCGCUGAUGUUGAUGGAAAUGGGACGAUUGACUAUACGGAAUUUAUCAGUGCAACAAUGAAUAGACACAGAUUGGAAACAGAUGAAAAUUUAUUAAAAGCAUUUCGAUACUUCGACAAGGAUAAUAGCGGAUUUAUUACAACAGAUGAACUCGAAAGUGCCAUGAUGGAAUACGGAAUUGCUGAUGAAAGCAGCAUCAAAGAAAUUCUCUCUGAGGUCGAUACUGAUAAUGAUGGACGAAUCAACUAUGAUGAAUUUUGCGCUAUGAUGAAAAGUGGUACAACGCAACAAGUAAAACUGUUCUAGUUCCGAAAAAUUCAGUUCAUAUUAGUAGAGGGGAGGGUGUUUUGUAUAGUGAGGACCGGUAAAUUUGCUUGUGAUUAAAAUUUUAUUCGGCGGGAGUUGCAGGAAACCCUUGUCUAUGGAAGUUUACUCUGGAUUAUUGCAAGAAAGUUUGGAACCAUGUGUAUAUGUAUUUAUUUUGCCAGUAGAUUUUGUUUAUUCAUUCA